AUGGAACAAAUUUUCCAACAAACAAAAGAUUACUUUGAAGAAUUGGAAUCUAUCAAGGAAAAGAUCCAAAGUACAAUCAAAGAAAUAGAUGAGCCUCUUGCGAUCUUACAAGGCUUACUUCAAAAAAUUCAUCAAAACAAGCCAAACUUCUCGGAUCAUGUGAAAGAAAUUUGCACAUUGGCAGACCCAUAUAUUGCCAAGUGUGCAGAAAGUUUGGCCAAGUUAUCUGCUUGUAUUCCAGUCGGAGGAUAUUAUAAAUAUUAUAAUAUGUGGCAAUAUAGAUUAUCAAACCUUUGUUCAGUGAUUGCUUUGAAACAUUUCAUUACCAAAGAUAUGGAAAACAACAUGGAUCAUGCUCUCAUUACCAAGGAUGAAACUGAACAGUUGUUAGGAAUUGAUAAAUUGGAAAAUUUCCAUCUUCCAUUAGAGGAUUAUUUAUAUGGAUUGUGCAAUUUAUUUUCUGAGCUGAAUAGAUAUAGCGUAAAUUGUGUCAUUCGAUUGGAUUUUGCAAAGCCAUUCAUCAUUAAAGAUUUUCUCACUCAGAUCUAUGAUGGAUUUAAAUUAUUGAACUUGAAGAAUGAUUCAUUACGAAAGAGAUUUGAUGCCAUCAAAUAUGACGUGAAAAAGUGUGAAGAAAUAAUUUAUGACCUGUCCAUUCGAGGUCUCAAUCCUCAGGGCAAACCCGUGAAUCUUUCAGUUAAUCCAAUUGUGAGCAAUUUGGAUGAAAACCAAAGAGAUGAAAUGCAACAAGAUUUGUAA